AUAGAGGAUAAAGUGACUUUCAGUGAGAAAAGAAAAAAAUCCACAAAACUUAGAUAGAGUGACAAAUAAGUCAAAUAAAUGGGUGGAGAAAAGAACAAGACAAGGGAUAUGGUGGAGGAGGAGGAGGAGCCGCUCAGCCCAUGCUCACGGCUGUUCAAUUCACCGGAUUUCAACUGUGCUAUAAUCGUCACAAUGGGAUGUAAAGUCAAAGGAAAUCCACCUGCAAUCAUCGAGGGCCUUAAACACACACUCGCUAAUCACCCUCGCUUCUCCAGCAUUUUAGAUAUGAAGAAUGGGAAGAAAGGGAAACCAAGAUGGGUUAGGACAAAAGUUAGAGUAGAAGAGCAUGUGAUUGUUCCUGAUAUAGAACCCAACACUGAAAAUCCUGAUCAGUAUCUUGAAGACUAUAUCUCUAAGUUAACGACCGUUCCUCUAGAUUUGUCUAAACCAUUAUGGGAAAUUCACGUGCUCUGCCUCAAGACAUCAAACGCUGAAUCCAUUGGCAUUCUCAAAAUCCAUCAUUCUUUGGGUGAUGGAAUGUCACUCAUGUCUCUUUUCCUCGCUUGCACCCGUAAAACAUCAGACCCCGAGGCUUUGCCUACUGUGGCGGUUCAGAAAAAACAGUUUGGACCGAGCUGCUACACUGGUUUUUUCAACAAGAUUUGGUGGUUAUUUGUAGGGCUUUGGUUUAUCCUAAGACUGGUCUUCAACACUUUUAUUGAUGUCUUAAUGUUUGCUCUAACAAUUUGUUUCUUGAGGGAUACGGAGACUCCUCUCUUGGCAAAACCCGGUAGCGAACUUAAACCAAAGAAGUUUGUCUAUCGGAUUAUCAGUUUUGACGAUGUGAAGCUGGUGAAAAAUGCAAUGAACAUGACGGUAAAUGAUGUUCUUCUUGGAGUAACCCAGGCCGGACUUUCACGGUAUCUUAGUAGGAGAUAUGAUCAAGAAGCGACACCGAAGUCCAAAGAUUUGAUGAGGAGAAUCCGACUUCGUUCAGCCAUUAUGAUUAACUUGAGACCAAACACAGGAAUAGAGGCUCUGGCGGAUAUGAUGGCCAAGAAAUCGAAAUGCAAAUGGGGAAAUCUCUUCGGUUACAUCCUCCUACCAUUCUCCCUCGGGCUAGAGACUGAUCCUCUAGAAUACCUGCGCCGAGCAAAAGUUACGGUCGACCGCAAGAAACAAUCUCUUGAGGCUGUAUUCUCCAUGGCGUUCUUUAAAUUGAUACUUAAAGUUAUGGGGCUCAAGGCAAGUGUGGUCCUUGUUAGGAAAGUGAUCCAUAGUACAACAUUGUCAUUCUCAAACGUCGUCGGUCCAAAAGAAGAAAUAACUUUUCAUGGCCACCCGUUAUCUUAUAUCGCGCCUAGUGUUUUUGGCCACCCACAUGCUCUUACUCUACAUUUCCAGAGUUAUGAGAACAAGGUGAUAAUAUCAGUAACGGCCGAUCCAACAGUCAUUCCAGACCCUCACAAGAUGUGUGACGAUUUGGUGGAGUCUCUCAAGUUGAUUAAAUCUUCUGUCCUAGAAAGAGGGUUAUAUGAGAUGGAGGUUUAAUUAAAGCUCUUCUAUUGAUUGUGUUACAAUAUCAUAACAUCCGUUUCUUAUAUGUACUACGGUUCCUCUGUUGUUUACCUUACUAAGCUAUAGCAAACUAUAAAUGUCGAUGUAAGAACCUCUAAGAUAUCGAUCAAGUUUAUAUUAACCAAAAUGUCGAUUUUGGUUAAAAAUGAAAUUUUAGUUACUUUUAGUUUGCUUAGGAGGUUAUCAAUCUAAUAGAAGCUAAAUCAUAUCAUAAUCCUCCCUUUUUAAGUUACUUUCAUCUCAUUCAGUAUAAAAAUAAGAUGUGAAAAGAAUAUAGAAUAUUUGUCACAGGCUUGUAAAGAAAACAUUUCUUUCCGCCAAACAAAGACUACUUAAUUCAACCGUAAGGAUACUUGUUUGUUAAUCAGUAACACACUAUCUAAAUGAUCGAUUUUCAUUUUAAUCAAAGAUUCCGGUCCAUUUCAUCACAUAGCUUGUGAGGAUUAUGAUUGUUGGGUCAACCGCUAUCUAGAUUACCAUCUUAUCCUCAUGGCUUUAGAAAUUGAUAAUUUAUAUCAGAAGAGCGUCCUUUAGAUCUUUCAAAGAGUCUUCGAUUUCAUCAAAAAUAAUCUGAGGAUCUUGUAUGACCGAUGGAUCAACGGCCAUCGAUAUAGUCAUCUUGGCCGCAUAACUUAUGAAAUGUAUCAACAAUGCCUACCAAAAAACUAAAAAAAUAAUAUAUGUAUAUAUAUAACAUAUGAGAAGAAACGGUCGAGAGGAUCUGUUCAUGAUUGCUAUUAUAAACUUCUCAUUUCAAAAUUUCCACCACAAAAAUAAAACGUACUUGUGAGAGUUCAUUUUUUGAAAGCGCUUAGAGCGAUGUAAGAAAAAGACUUUGCAUUACCUUAUUAUCAAUAAAAGCAAAAGCUUCAUCAAACAUAGCUAGAUAAUAGAUAUACUAGUUUGGUAAAGCUCAAACUUUAUGCACCAAAGGUAAAUAUUUAAAGGGAAACAUAUAAUAAUAAAAUAUCUAUGGUAGUAGUAAUAGUAGUGGUAGAAACUACUUAAUAUCAUGUAGAGCAAAGGUUCGAUACACUUUUUGACAAUUCUCCAAUUUUAAAGAUGCUACAUUAAAUAGUUAAAGUAUUUGGGCUUUAGGCGUCAUAUAGUAACAGAUCGGCCCUGCUAGUACAUAUCUGUCUGUGGACGUAAACAUAGUUCUGAGCAAAGAAACAUGUCCACAUGCUAUAUAUGUCCCGGAGCUCAAACGUAAUAUAACUUGAUCCAAAACUCGAAGCCACAAAUAGAAUUGCCCUUUUUAUCUUCUGAAAGAUUAGGUAGAUUUUUUUUUGUCUAAAAACAUUAGGUAGAUUAACAGGAACAUUACAACUGAUUUGAUACACAAAGCCGGCGAGAAUAAAAUCUCCCGCAAAUAGAGCCGUCGGAAUGAGAAAGCAAUCCCUGAAGAUUUAAGCCGGAGGAUAACAGCCCAUCCCCGGAAACAAAACAAACACUAGCGAGAAGCUAAGAUUUUACAAAUAUCUAAUCAAGGUCAUACCAGAACAAACACUGAACAACGAAGCUAGCUCGAGCAUAGAUGGAGAAGAAGAACAGAACCAUCAGAGAUCGAUCUUUGUUAAGGACGACCAAGCCACACUUUUUAUUAGAUGCUCCAACACACACCACUUCAUACCAUUUAGGAGCCAGAGUAAGACAACUUGAUACCAUCCUAGAAUACGAGAGGGAAGAGAACGGUUUGCCAUACGCUUCUUACGGCUUGAUGAGAAGAGAGCCGAAGCUCCAAAAUCCUUCGAGACAAGCCGAAUAUACUUGCAUGCAAGCAGACCGAGAUGAUCAAAACUAGAGUAAACUCAAAACCAAUAUACAACCUAGAAAGGAAACAAUUGAGAAAACAAUAUAAAAAUUCUAACCGACGCCGUGGCUGAGGAAUGAGGAAGCCAACCGACGUCGGUCGGGUACAACGCACUAAACUGGAGAA